AUGGAUAACGAAACCUUUUCUGACUUGGACGAUGACAGGCCGCUUGAUGAAGUUUUGAAAAACUCGACUCGUACCGAGUCUGGGACUCCUCCAAGGAAACCGAUUCGGAAGAGUAAGAAGAAUCGUUCGGUACCCGCUUCCGCGAGUAUCCCGCUGCGACCCGGGAGUCUCAAACAGGAUCCCAGCUUGGCUGGCACGGAAGCUCUCGAGCAAGAACCAGCGAGUGUCUCGAAGAACGCUGAGAGCGGCGCAGGCGAAAACGGCGCUUCCGAUAAAGCAGUUCGAGCGAGCAACUCGCCGGCAAAGAAGUAUGCUCUUCCCGGACAGAGACGAGACCCGCCGCCAGAGAACGACCCUCUGCGCAUUUUCUACACCACCAUGAGGGAAGAGAAAUUGCGAAAGUAUGGCCGUUCAUCUGUGCUUGCGGAUGAAUGGCUCAUGGUACAUGGCUUGCUGGAUGAAGAGACGGCCCGCAGCGUUCUCGAUGCACGACGCAAGCGCCAGAUGGAAGUUUUGCGUCAAACGCCAUGA